ACAACAACAAUCCGACAACAAGGAAGGCACGCAUGGGGCCUUGCCUGUGGCUUUGGUUUUACAGAUGCUAUGCGAAUAGUUUGAGCUGCUUUAAAGUAGAUGUAAAAAUGCAGACCAUUUGGACGUUUUAGGUGCAACGGUUAAACAUUCAUAAUGGGAGUGGCAUUUCCCGACACGGCACAUUACUACAGCUGGGCUGAGUUAAGUACCCAAGGAAUACAAUUGUCAACUGUUUGCACAGCGUUGGCUACAGCGGCGAACUGGGCCUCAGCUCAAAGCCGGUCGUCAGGCGUCACGGCGUGCUCCGUGUCGCAGGAGCUGUUGAAGCACAUCGCGUUGGGCCACCUCUACGAACCGCUUCACUUCACGUACAACCUCAAGACCGGCUACCACAAUGCGGCCGUCAUCAGGAAAUGCAUCGAGCUGCUGGAUGCCAGAGCACUGAGCUUUCCCGAAAUACGCAGCGUUGCUCUGGCUUUCACGGCGUACGACCACUUGGACCAGAAAGGGAUUGAGGUGGAGGAACGAACCCUAAUACGGGCACUCAAGAUGUGCGGACGGAUCACAGCGCCACGGCGGUUAAUGCAGCACAUCCACAGCAAGCAAAGCGAAGGAUACGUGGAACCCGGCAGAAUCCAGAUGUACGAAUUCAUGGACCUCCUGCCUCUCUGCGUGGCUUUGGACACCAUUCACCUGCACGAAGCGAGGGUUGGAACCACGGAAAAAAGCUUCAGAGGGAUUUACGAGCUAGACGACAUGAAGGCCCUGCUGAUGACCCUCGACGCCAAGCGACUGCAGCACAUGAACAAGCUGUACCGGCAGGAGCAGCGAGCCCAGCGCGAGCAGCGUGGUGGAAGCGCCGCUGUCAAGACCUUCGGCGGGGCAGACGAGCCAUGGAAGCAGCAGAUGGAGGCUGAGAAAUCGCAUCACCAGAUGCUGAAGCAACAACUGCAACUCUCUGCUAUUCAGCUGCGCGGGGCGCGCACGCGCGACUCGCUCCGGACGUCGAGGCCCACGACCGCUCCGAUGUUCCCGAGCCGCCCGACGAGCCACAGGAGUUUGCGAGCGUCCUCCCAGGCAGCCCGCCGGACGUGCCCUCGCAGCGCCGCCGCUGUUCACGCGACGCCCGCCCAGGAGACGCCCACGACACCCUCCGCCGAAGCCUCCGACGGCGCCACCGCUCUGGUCUCCCGGCAGGUGAUGACGCCAGCAACAGAAAAAAUGCAUUUAAAAUUUGCAGAUGCUGUUAAAGAUCACGUGACUUCCACGGAUGAACCUACGCUGUCUGGCACUCAUGACCAGCCAGAGAAGGGCAGAUGGGCACUGAAGAAGACGCUGGGCCAUCGAUUUCCAGGAUACAGGGACCAUUCUGCCCCAAGGCCUCUCACAGCCCCGGCAGUGACUCGCAGGGUUCGAAGCGUCAGCACCGGGAAUCGCACCACAGACGCCUGGGAGCGGCUGAUGUCAAGCGGUAAAUAGGUCGUCAUCUAUAAUAGAGGUUUUUUCUUGGGGUUAGAUUGCGUGAAUAUAAAUGUGUCGUUAAGCCCGCUACCACCCGACGCAGCCAAUUCAGUAAGGUUUGUCACGUGAACAGAACAUGUCGCCUGAUGAAUCUAGUUGUAAUUACUGGUGAAACGUGGUACUCAGAUUGUAAACGUUGUGGAUUUGCUCUCCAACACACCGGUGUGCUGUACUAGUAACGAAUUGGCGUGUUCUGUUUACGUGACAAACCUCACUAAAUUGGCUGUGUCGGACGGUGGCGGGUUUAACGACACAUUUAUAUUUACGCUAACACAUGCAUGGGGGGGG